AUGUCCUCCGCCAGGGUCCGCCCGGUCAUCAUGGUCCCCCUGGCGAGCCCGGUGAGCCUGGCAGUGCUGUGAGUAUACAAAAAUUACAACUUCCUCUGCCUGUAAAUAUCAAUUCACACACAUUCUGAACGCAUCACUUCCUGUCCAUGACCAUGUUGUAGUAGCCACCUCCCACGCCCACACACACGAACACUGACUAUUCACACUCUCGUGUACAUUAUAUUUCACUGAGCCCUGUCAUUUGUGAUGUAUUGCAGUCAGAAUAACUGUAUACUAUACACCAGUAACCUUUGACCUUGACACAAAGCAACACACACACACACCUCCCUUCAUGCUUGUUUGUUCCCUGUAGGGUCCCAUGGGUCAACGUGGUACAAUGGGCCCCCCAGGCAAGAACGGAGAUAAUGUAAGUACUGUUUUCAUGAUCUCAACUUUCCUUCUAUCUCAUUCCAUUUGUCAGAUCUGUAGCUCAGAAACCCUGAUCAUUAGUAAAGACAGUAAACAGAACUCACCGUAGACUUCCUCUAGUUUUCCUCCUUUGCGACUUACACCAUAAUAUUUUCCCCCACUGUAAAUAUUCAACAUACAUCAUAACAUUUCCCCCCACUGUAUAUAUUCAACUUACACCAUCAUAUUUCCCCCCACUGUAUAUUGACAUGUUAUGAUUACAUCAUUGCAUACAUACUGUAUUCAUAAUAUAUAUAUAUAUAUAUAUAUAUAUAUAUAUAUAUAUAUAUAUAUAUAUAUAUAUAUAUAUAUAUAUAAUAUAAUCAUAAUAUAUGGAAUUUUAUCAUCACUUUUCUAUGCAAUUUGUUAUGCCACAUUAUUAUCACUGUUUGCCAUUAGCAUUGUUCACAGUGAGAGAACCUCUCUGUCUCUCCAUUAACCUCGCUCUCCUCUCUCCUCUGCAGGGUGAGCCUGGCAGGUCUGGUCGCCCCGGUGAGCGUGGCUCCGCUGGCCCUCAGGUGAGUGGCCCUCUAACCCUAUAGAUCAAGGGUCAGAUGCGCCUAUCCAAACAGACCUGGUUCUGAUACCAAGUAUGGGUUCCAAAUGGCUCCCUGUUCCCUAUGCAGUGCCCUCAGGUCUCUGGUCAAAAGUAGUGCACUAUAUGGUGAAUAGGGUGCUAUUUGGGAUGCAGCCCAAAUAUCAGUAAAGGACCUACAGAUUGAUCUUUAAAGUAGAGGACCUACAGGGUGGACUUUAAAGUAGAGGACCUACAGGGUGAUCUUUAAAGUAGAGGACCUACAGGGUGGACUUUAAAGUAGAGGUCCUACAGGGUGGACUUUAAAGUAGAGGACCUACAGGGUGGACUUUAAAGUAGAGGACCUACAGGGUGGACUUUAAAGUAGAGGACCUACAGGGUGGACUUUAAAGUAGAGGACCUACAGGGUGGACUUUAAAGUAGAGGACCUACAAGGUGGAUUUUAAAGUAGAGGACCUACAGGGUGGACUUUAAAGUAGAGGACCUACAGGUUGGACUUUAAAGUAGAGGACCUACAGGGUGGACUUUAAAGUAGAGGACCUACAGGGUGGACUUUAAAGUAGAGGACCAACAGGGUGGACUUUAAAGUAGAGGAGCUACAGGGUAGACUUUAAAGUAGAGGACCUACAGGGUGGACUUUAAAGUAGAGGACCUACAGGGUGGACUUUAAAGUAGAGGACCUACAGGGUGGACUUUAAAGUAGAGGACCUACAGGGUGGACUUUAAAGUAGAGGACCUACAGGGUGGACUUUAAAGUAGAGGACCUACAGGGUGGACUUUAAAGUUGAAUUAGAACCAUUCUAAUAGAUGAACAUUAAAGUAAAUAACCACUAAUACAGAGUCAAGUUAGUUUCAGCACUGAAAAGACAUACAGUACAUGAAGAAUGAAGACUGUAUGGUUUAUGUCUGUUAUGUAGACGAGUCCACAACAUUCCUUCUUCUUCUGCCCUACAGGGUGCUCGUGGAACCCCCGGAACUCCUGGCCUCCCCGGCAUCAAGGGACAUAGAGUGAGUAGUAGGAGGAGGGACAUGAGGAUGCUCCAGGGUGAAGUUUCCCCUAGGUUCAGAUCUAGGAUCAGCUUUCCCUCCCGAAAUCCAAUCCCUAACCAUUAGUAGGGGAAAUGUAUAACUGACCCAAGAAAAGCGACUAGGGGCAACUUCACCCUAAUCCCAUGAUGAUAUGACAGCCAUGACACUACUACAUUUCUGCAUUAAACUCCUAAUCGUACAGAAUGACACCUAAAAAUGCUCUUUGAUUUCCUCCUCAGGGUUUCAAUGGAAUGGAUGGUGCCAAGGGAGAUGGUGGCCCAGCCGGCCCUAAGGUUAGAGGUCAAUCUAAUGAUAUCUAUCACAAUGUACGUCUAUCGUUACCUGUACUGGAGAACUCAUCUGUUCCCUCUGACCACAGGGAGAGGGUGGUGCCCCUGGAUCCAACGGUAACCCCGGUGCUAUGGUGAGUAUCCUGUGCAUCUGACAAAUGCACUUUGAUUUGAGUAAUGCUCUCGUCUCAAUAAACAUAUCAGAGGCCAUUAACUCUUAGGAACUUUAAAGACAUCAACCUGCCUUCCAGUAGUAGAAAUUACUAAAUAAUGUCAGUUUUCUGAACAAACAUUACGGUCCAGUAAAAGUAGCCAGCCAUUGACAUUGUUUAGUCAUUACUGUACUCUCUAGCGUUACAGAACUCUCUCUCUUCCUCCCCCUCUUCCUCCCUCUCUUCCUCCCCCUCUGCCUCCCUCUCUUCCUCCUCUCUUCCCCCCUCUCUUCCUCUCCUCUUCCUCCCUCUCUUACUCCUCUCUUCCUCCCUCUUCCUCUUCCCAGGGUGCUCGUGGUCUUCCUGGUGAGAGAGGCCGCCCCGGACCCGCUGGCCCUUCUGUAAGGACUGCACAGCACAACCUUCACUGUUCAUUUGAGAGAUUGAUUGAUUGAUUGAUUGAUUGAUUGAUUGAUUGGUUGGUUGGUUGGUGAUUUAUUGAUUGAUUGAUUGGUUGGUUGGUUAUUGAUUGAUUGAUUGGUUGGUUGGUGAUUGAUUGAUUGGUUGGUGAUUGGUUGAUUGGUUGAUUGAAUUUAUUGAUUGAAUGUAAGUAUAACACAUAACCACAACUAUGAAUAGCAGCAAUACUGUAAACACUAUCUAGAAUGACACAGACAAGUCUGUGACUUGUUGUCAUAUAGUAAAAGUAUUGCUGCAGUUCAAUAAAUAACUAAAGAUGUUCACCAUGCCCAUGUCUGGCUUUUGGAAUAUUUAGUAGAGAAUGGUCAUAACAGUGUAAAACCUCUUCCUCUAGGGUGCUCGUGGUAAUGAUGGUAACUCUGGUCCUGCUGGAUCCCCUGUAAGUAUCUUUAUUACUGGUGACUAACCCUACCUGUCGUAGCAAUUCAGAGUACACCACUCAGUGCCAUGUGUUAGUCCUGACUGUGAAUUUAACUAAAUAAUUUUUAUUUGAUCUCUUCAGGGACCCACUGGCCCAUCUGGUCCCCCUGGAUUCCCCGGAGGCGCUGGAGCUAAGGUAUGUCAUAGCCCCCACCUCCCACCCCCUAACUCCUAACCCCAAACACCUACCCCUAAACCCCAAACCCCUACCCCUAAACCCCAAACCCCUACCCCUAAACCCCAAACCCCUACCCCUAAACCCUAAACCCCAAACCCCUACCCCUAAACCCCAAACCCCUACCCCUAACCCUAAUCCAUUUGUUGCUUCCCAAUUAUCUCUCAAUUGGAUAGCAUUGGAGUCAGUUUCAGCCAUAUUUCUUACGCCAGUCCUUUCCUCUGAAAUCCAUGAAGGGAAGUGAACAAGUGCAGUCUUGGGGCAGAAGGGCAGAGAAUUAGGACCCAGAUUGAGAACCUGAUCUGAUACAGGUAGUGGCCACCUGAUGGCAGAUUAACACCUCGUGGAACACCGCCGUCCUGUCUCUUAACUGUAGGCUACUGUAAUAUACAGAGCUCUAUUAGAGAGGAAACAGUGAGAGACUACUGUAAUGUACAGAGCUCUAUUAGAGAGGAAACAGUAAGAGACUACUGUAAUGUACAGAGCUCUAUUAGAGAGGAAACAGUGACACAUAAAAACAAACAAUGAUUCAUUCUCUUCCUACAUUCACACGCACACGCACACGCACACGCACACACACACACACACACACACACACACACACACACACACACACACACACACACACACACACACACACACACACACACACACACACACACACACACACACACACACACACACACACACACACACACACAUACACACACACACACAAAACAAUAACAUCAGUCUCAAAUGUGAACACCCAGCACCCUCCUAAUGUCCUCUCUGCUGCCCCCUUUAGGGAGAGACCGGUCCUCAGGGAGGCCGUGGCUCAGACGGACCCCAAGGAUCUCGUGGAGAGCCCGGUAACCCUGGACCCGCUGGUGCUGCUGGACCCUCUGUGAGUACUGUUGUACAUGGUUGCCCUUACAUGCUUAUAUUAUUAUUUGUCCUGGUUGCCUAUGCUUAUAUGUCCUUAUCUUAUAUAUGUAUAGGUCCUUAUCUUUAUAUAGGUCAUUAUCUUUAUAUAGGUCCUUAUCUUUAUAUAGGUAAUUAUCCUUAUAUAUGUGUAUAUGCUUAUGGUUACCCUCAUAGUGCACCAUUUAACCCCUGACCCCUGAAGUUUACUGUAAUAUAAUGUCCCCCCCUCUCUUCCCCUCUGUUUCCCUCUCCUUUCCUGUAACCAAACAGGGUGCCCCCGGAAGUGAUGGCCAACCAGGAGGAAAGGGUGCCACUGUAAGUAUGACCCUUGUGGAUACAUCAAACUGAUGAUCUAUGAUUGAUUAUGUUCAAAUGAACACUGGUAAUACAAUACAUAAUAUACUAAUGAUAAUAAAUGCCAUUUAGCAGACGCUUCUAUGCAAAGCCACUAAGACUAUAGUAUGUGCAUGCAUACUGGUUGUGGAGCAUUAACGUGUGUGUUCUCUUGUCUGUCCCAUAGGGUGCUGUUGGUAUCUCUGGUGCUCCUGGUUUCCCAGGAUCCCGUGGCCCCGCUGGACCUCCCGGAGCUGGUGGUGGCCCCGGCCCCAAGGGUAACCAUGUGAGUCCCACUGUUACGAUCACUAUUUUGUAAAUUGGUCAGAUAGCAUUUACUGUAAACGUUUGCAGCUCUGCUCCAUUUUGUGCUGUGCUUGGACUGUUUUGAUUGGUGCUGAGUAUUGCUUUGUGAAUUGGUACUACACAGAAUUCAGUACAACACAGUAAUUUAAUGCAUCUCUAUGGGGGUAUAAAAACUCUGAAACGUUUGUGGCACUGCACUCAAUUUUGUGAUGUGUAGUAUUGACCAGGAAGUAGUGGUGAGUGUUACCUGAUGUGAAGAGGAGGCUGCUGAGGGGAGGACGGCUCAUAAUAAUGGCUGGAAUAGAGCGAAUGGAAUGGAAUCAAACCAUGUGAUUGAUAUAUUUGAUACCAUUCCACUCAUUCCACUCCAGCCAUUACCACGAGCCCGACCUACCCAAUUAAGGUGCCAUCAACCUCUAGUGCUGAUGUGAUUUCUGUGUUUUCCCCUUUCAGGGUGAGCACGGAGCCCAAGGCCCCAAGGGAGAGCCCGGUGUAAAGGGAGAGCCUGUAAGUUGGACCUCCAUUAUAUAUAACCUAUGGAAACAUCAACUUAACCAUGUCUCAAAACACUUAGGGCCGAUUUCCGGGACACAGAUUAAGCAAGCCCAGUUGUGGACCAAAAAGCAUGUUCACUGGAGAAUCCCCAAUGACAUAGCUUUUUUGUCCAGGAUUAUGCUUAAUCUGCGUCUGGGAAACCGGACCACAGGUCUCUAACCCAGGUAUAGACACCUGUUUCCUCUGAAGGUAUUGUUAGACAGGUGAGUUUACUACAAGUCUCUAACCCAGGUAUAGACACCUGUUUCCUCUGAAGGUAUUGUUAGACAGGUGAGUUUACUACAUGUCUCUAACCCAGGUAUAGACACCUGUUUCCUCUGAAGGUAUUGUUAGACAGGUGAGUUUACUACAUGUCUCUAACCCAGGUAUAGACACCUGUUUCCUCUGAAGGUAUUGUUAGACAGGUGAGUUUACUACAUGUCUCUAACCCAGGUAUAGACACCUGUUUCCUCUGAAGGUAUUGUUAGACAGGUGAGUUUACUACAGGUCUGGUCUCAUGUCUGAACCCUCUAUCCCCUCCUCCUCUUUCUCCAACCAGGGUUCCGCUGGUCCCGGUGGCCCCCCCGGCCCAUCUGGGGAGGAGGGAAAGAGAGGCGCCCGUGGUGAGCCCGGUGGAGCUGGUGGUGUUGGACCCCCUGGAGAGCGUGUAAGUAACCCCCCCCCCCCCCCCCCCCCCCCCCCCCGCGACCCCUCAGCCCCAUUCUUCCAUGUCAGAUACCCCUUCUCUGAAGUGCCCCUACUCAUAGGAACUGUGUCCCUACACAGACAGAUUCCUUUUAAAGUUGUGUUUUGUUAUCUCCAUGUGAUUACAGUAAAUUACGAUUUCGAUUUUGGAAUAUGAAAACCCAACAAACAACCAUCAGUGCCUCAGUCACCAUGUGCAUACAGUAGAAUACCUUGAAUUCCCAGGGGACAGUGUUUGUCAGUCAAACCCUGACUUUGUGCCAUGGUCCCCUGUGUAAUACAGUGUGUCGGUCCUGUUUCUUCCAACAGGGUAUGCCUGGUAUGCGUGGUUUCCCCGGCUCUGAUGGAGCUGCCGGUGGCAAGGUGAGUCUAUAGUCCAAUAUAAUAAUAGUAAUAAUAAUAUUUAAUAAACUGUAAACUAUAAAGUCCAUGUCUAAGAAACAUGGCACCUGUUGUUUAGAGUAAAGCACCAUGUUUGGCCAUACAUGAGAUCAAGGAGCAUUGGAAGCUUCAAAGCAGAACAUUGUAUUGAACCAAAUUAAAUUCAGCCGAUAAGCAAAAACAUCCUUAUCCUUGAAGCUAGAAUCCUUAAUUGAAACAACAACAAAGCCGGCACCCCGCCUUAGUUUUGGUAAAAAGCUGAGGAAUGGGCCUGGAGAUAUGUAACCACUCUCAGAUGAAUAGACAGAGCUAUGGAUGCAAGGACUGACCGACCAUGAUACCAACAUUAUAGAUUGAACCAUGUUUUGAGGCUAUACAGUGUUUGUUUCCAUUUACUUUGUUUACAAACAUUGGAGUAAAACAAGCUUCUAUUUUGGGUUCUGAUGGGGAGGACAGUUAAACUAAGCUCACGAGGCAUUUAGAAGUUAUAUUCUUCAAGAAUGAAUGGGUAUGUAUAAUUAAUUAAUAAGUCCAAAAAUGGAUGUAGCAACUGCAGAUUGUAACUUUAAAUAUGCUGACUGUAUGUGUCCUGGUUGCUUGGUUACCCUCAUAGAGCACUAUUUAAUCUCUGAGCCCUGAAGCUGACUGUAAUGGUUACCUAUCAAAACAUGAAACAGACAUCACCAAUUGAUCUUCCCUUGUGAUAGGGUGGCCCUGGUGAGCGUGGAGCCAAUGGACCAAUGGGAGCCCAAGGUGCCACUGGUGAGGCUGGUCGCCCCGGGGAGCCUGGCAUGCCUGGAUCCAAGGUGAGUGUCACCUGUCCACCUCUCUCUCUCUCUCUCUCUCUCUCUCUCUCUCUCUCUCGUCUCGGCUCUCUAUGCGCGGCGCGCCGCGCGCUCGGUCUCUGCUCGCUCUGCGGCGCUUCUAUCUCGCGCGACGUCUGCGCGCGCGCGCGAGCGCGCGCGCCGCGCGCGCGCGCGCGACGCGCGCGCGCGCGCCGGGCGCGCGGGGCGCGCGGGCACGCGCGGGCGCGGCGCGCGCGCGCGCUCGCGCGGCGCGCGCGCGCGCGCGCGCUGCGCGCGCGCGCGCGCGCGCGCGCGCGCGGGCGCGCACGCACGCACGCACGCACGCACGCACGCACGCACGCACGCACGCACGCACGCACACGCGCGCGAGCGCGCGCGGGGAGCAGGCGCGCGCGCGCGGGGCGACGUCACGCACACCAACGCACGCACGCACGCACGCACGCACCACGCACGCACGCACUCACUCACGCACGUCACGCACUCAGCACGCACCACGCACGCACGCACUCACUCACAGCACUCUCGUCUCUCUCCUCUCUCUCUCCUCUCUCUCUCUCUCUCUCCUCCUCUUUCUGUUUCUAGUUUUUGAUUAUUAUUUGUGUUCAUAUCAUCACCCACUAUAACACCCACUAUAACACCCACUAUAACACCCACUAUAACACCUGCUAUAACACCAACUAUAACACCCACUGUAACAUCUGCUAAAAUGUGUACGUGACCAAUACACUUUGAUUUGAUCUAAUGUGUGCUCUUCUCUCCCUGCUUGCUGUAGGGUAUGACUGGUAGCCCUGGCAGCCCCGGCCCCGAUGGGAAAGUUGGCCCUGCUGUAAGUACUACUUCACCACAAACUCUAUGCAUACCUAAUUACUAUAUUAUUACGAUGAUAUACAUUACCGUUCAAAAGUUUGGGGUCACUUAGAAAUGUCCCAUUAAAAUAACAUCAAAUUGAUCAGAAAUACAGUGUAGACAUUGUUAAUGUUGUAAAUGGCUAUUGUAGCUGGAAACGGCUGAUUUUUAAUGGAAUAUCUACAUAGGCGUACAGAGGCCCAUUAUCAGCAACCAUCAGUACUGUGUUCUAAUGGCACGUUGUGUUUGCUAAUCCAAGUUUAUCAUUUUAAAAGGCUAAUUGAUCAUUAGAAAGCCCUUUUGCAAUUAUGUUAGCACAGCUGAAAAAUGUUGUGCUGAUUAAAGAAGCAAUAAAACUGGCCUUCUUGAGACUAGUUGAGUAUCGGGAGCAUCAGCAAUUGUGGGUUCGAUUACAGGCUCAAAAUGGCCAGAAACAAAUAACUUUCUCGUCAGUCUAUUCUUGUUCUGAGAAAUGAAGGCUAUUCUAUGCGAGAAAUUGCCAACAAACUGAAGAUCUUGAACAAUGCUGUGUACUACUCCCUUCACAGAACCCAGCAAACUGUCUCUAUCCAGAAUAGAAAGAGGAGUGGGAGGCCCCGGUGCACAACUGAGCAAGAGGACAAAUACAUUAGAGUGUCUAGUUUGAGAAACAGACGCCUCACAGGUCCUCAACUGGCAGCUUCAUUAAAUAGUACCUGCAAAACACCAGUCUCAAUGUCAACAGUGAAGAGGCGACUCCAUGGUGCUGACUUUCUAGGCAGAGUUGCAAAGAAAAAGCCAUAUCUCAGACUGCCCAUCUUAAUAUUUUAUUUUUAUUGGCCAGUCUGAGAUAUGGCUUUUUCUUUGCAACUCUGCUUAGAAGGUCAGCAUCCCGGAGUCGCCUCUUCACUGUUGACGUUGAGACUGGUGUUUUGCGGGUACUAUUUAAUGAAGCUGCCAGUUGAGGACCUGUGAGGCAUCUGUUUCUCAAACUAGACACUCUAAUGUAUAUGUCCUCUUGCUCAGUUGUGCACUGGGGCCUCCCACUCCUCUUUAUAUUCUGGUUAAAGCCAGUUGGCUCUGUUCUGUGAAGGGAGUAGUUCACAGCGUUGUACGAGAUCUUCAGUUUCUUGGCAAUUUCUCGCAUGGAAUAGCCUUAAUUUCUCAGAACAAGAAUAGACUGACGAGUUUCAGAAGAAAGUUAUUUGUUUCUGGCCAUUUUGAGCCUGUAAUCGAACCCACAAUUGCUGAUGCUCCAGAUACUCAACUAGUCUCAAGAAGGCCAGUUUUAUUGCUUCUUUAAUCAGCACAACAGUUUUCAGCUGUGCUAACAUAAUUGCAAAAAGGUUUUCUAAUGAUCAAUUAGCCUUUUAAAAUGAUAAACUUGGAUUAGCAAACACAACCUGCCAUUGGAACACAGGACUGAUGGUUGCUGAUAAUCGGCCUCUGUAUGCCUAUGUGGAUAUUCCAUUAAAAAUCAGCCGUUUCCAGCUACAAUAGCCGUUUACAACAUUAACAAUGUCUACACUGUAUUUCUGAUCAAUUUGAUGUUAUUUUAGUGGACAAAAAAAUUGCUUUUCUUUGGAAAACAAGGACAUUUCUAAGUGACCCCAAACUUUUGAACGGUAGUGUAUAAUAAACUAUAUUGGCAAGAGGACAUUAUCGAGAGGAUUUAACAUGUUUUUACCGCCACGUCCCUUGGUCUAAAGUUGAUAGUAGAAAAUUGAUUUUAUUGGUUCAGUCAGGAGAGCACCAAACCCUUUGAUAACCUGUAUGAUCCUCCUCUCCUGUAGGGUAUCACUGGAAACGAUGGUCGCUCCGGACCCUCAGGCCCCUCUGGAGCCAGAGGUCAGCCUGGAGUUAUGGGAUUUCCCGGACCCAAAGGACCUGCUGUGAGUAAACAAACAAACAUACAAACAAAUAAACAAAAGCAUUCAUUUUACUCCUAAAUGUUUUUUACUAAUUUUUUAUUUUCACCACACCACAGUUGGUCUAUUUCAUAUACUGAACACAUGUAAAUGAAUGGUAGGGGUGGUGUAUUCAGUGUGUUUCUGACUGAAUACAAUAUGAAUGUACAGUAAGAGUAAACAUCGUCUGUCUCUUCCCUACAGGGUGACAACGGCAAGCCCGGUGAGAGAGGAGAAGCCGGAGCUGUUGGGGGUGUUGUAAGUGAAGCUAUACUAAAACCUCAAACAGAUAGGAUCAAUCAUUCCAACUGCUGUGAGGGCUCGAGAGAGAAGUAGACUUACAUGGACUCAAUAAAACAUGGACUCAAUAAAACAUGGACUUAAGUCAACAUUUUUUUACUUGUCCAUGUUGAAUCAACUUAUCUCAAGUCUGAAGAGGGCCCUGUGUCUAUAGGCCACUGUGUGUGUUCAUGGGUUUGUAAUAUAUGGCAUCUUCUUGUUUCUAGGGCGCCCCUGGCAAAGAUGGUGACUCUGGUGCUCCCGGACCCCAAGGCCCUGCUGUAAGUAUUGACACAUCUCUUUUUUAGAAUGAAUGGCACAUUUAGCCACAUACAUCUACAGUACAUUGACACAUUCUGUACAGUCCCUUGUAAUGAAAUUGAGACACAUACUGUAUGAAUUCAUUCAUGAACCACCCUAACACCAUACUGUAUGAAUUCAUUCAUGAACCACCCUAACACCAUACUGUAUGAAUUCAUUCAUGAGCCACCCUAACACCAUACUGUAUGAAUUCAUUCAUGAGCCACCCUAACACCAUACUGUAUGAAUUCAUUCAUGAGCCACCCUAACACCAUACUGUAUGAAUUCAUUCAUGAGCCACCCUAACACCAUACUGUAUGAAUUCAUUCAUGAGCCACCCUAACACCAUACUGUAUGAAUUCAUGGAUGAACCACCCUAACACCAUACUGUAUGAAUUCAUGAAUGAACCACCCUAACACCAUACUGUAUGAAUUCAUGAAUGAGCCACCCUAACACCAUACUGUAUGAAUUCAUGAAUGAACCACCCUAACACCAUACUUAAACAGUGCACUGAUAUACUGUACGUUUCCCGUUUGUGUUCCAGGGAGCUCAAGGAGAGAAAGGAGAGGGAGGCCCCGCUGGUCCUAACGGAUUCCAGGUAGGUUACCAACCACAAUUCUUACCUCUGCUAUCAUUACUUGUCUAUAUAUUCACAUUUUCAACCAAUAAUGUUACAUGUUGACCUGAAAUCUCAACCAUACCUCUCCCAUCAUCCCUAUAGGGUCUGCCUGGAACUCAGGGAGCUGCUGGUGAGCCUGGAAAGGCUGGUGAUCAGGUAA